AACGUCAGCGUGGUCGACCAGGAGGGGGCUGAGAAGGAUGGCGAAGGAAAAGGCAAAGGCAAAGGCGAGGGUAAAGGCAAGGGCAAGCAUGCGAAGGGAGACAAGGAGCGCGGGGCGACGGAAUUGGGCAAAAUCCUGGAGCGCCUGCCAGGAACAACUGACGAUGUCGAAGACGAGUCUGCAGAGGCAAAGAAGGAGAAGUCCUUCAAGACGCGCGUGUAUGACUUGGAUGACAUUCGUGCUCAAUCAAAGAGAAUGGGCGUCGCCCCAUUGUCAGCACGGAACGAUUUGCCGCAGGAGGAGCGCGAGAAGGUUGGACGUUGGGGUGAGCAGUUCGUGUAUGAAUAUCUGCGAAAGAAGCUUGAGAGCGAGGACAGCCAGAAGCGUGUGGUUUGGGUUAAUGAGAUCAAGGAGACAGGCUUCCAGUACGAUAUUCGCAUUGAGGACACAACAAACGGAGAUGUGGAGGCCUAUGUUGAGGUCAAGACGUCUCGUGCCAAGGAUAAGCAGCUCUUCGA